CCCUCCUGCCUCAUUCGACGCUGCUUAUAAUAAAUCAUGGCUGUAUGUUUGAAUCUGCUGGUUCUGUGCUGGAUGAUGAGGCUGACAUGUUGCGUGACUUCACCUGCAUGGUUUCAGAACAUCACCACUAAUAUCUUCAAUUUAUCUGGAGACAUUAUGCUGGGUGGCCUUUUUGCCAUCAACCAGCUGAGCAGCAACCUCAGCCAGAGGACAGAGCCAAAUGACAUCCGCUGCGAAAGUUUGGACAAACUGGAACUGGGCCGUGCAUUGGUGAUGAAAUACACGGUGGAUGAAAUCAACGCCAACCAAGCGCUGCUCCCCGGCAUCAAGCUGGGUUAUGAAAUCUACGACACGUGCAAAGAAACCGCUGUAGUUGUAAGGCCCACUUUGUCUUUCCUGACUGCAAAAAACAGCGGUGAGCUAUCUGUGGAGUGCAACUACACCGACUACGAGACCAGCAUGGUAGCUGUGAUUGGACCUUCCAACUCUGAGAUGGUGUCGGUCAUUGGAAAACUUCUGGGAUUCUUUUUGAUUCCGCAGAUCAGCUUUGCUGCCACCAGCAACAAAUUCAGCAACAAGCUCGCCUACCCAUCGUUCUUCCGCACAGUGCCCAGUGACACAUGGCAGGUUGACGCCAUUGCGCUUCUGCUAAAGGAGUUUGCUUGGAACUGGGUGGCAGUGGUGGGCAGCGAUGAAGAGUACGGCCAACAAGGCGCACUGGAGUUCACCAAAAAAACUGAGACCAUGUCGAUAUGCGUGGCCUAUCAGGGCAUGAUACCGAUCUACAGUGACCCUGUAGAAGUGGUCAAAAAUAUCAUUGACAACAUCCAGGCCACCAAUGUCAAAGUGGUGGUGGUCUUUGCUUUAUCAGACCCGGCUGAAGUCUUCUUCAAAGAGGUUAUCAAGAGGAAAAUAAAAGGCGUGUGGAUUGCCAGCGAAAGUUGGGUCGUUCACAAUCGCCUGACAUCCAUCCCCGAUAUUCAAACCAUCGGUACGAUCAUCGGAUUCACCUACAAAGCGCAUACCUUGGAUCUGCUACCAGCCUACACUGAGACGCUUUUUACAAAACUGAGCGCCGAGAGGAUGACGUCCAAUGAUGCACCAAAGCUCAACGAUCCCUGUCCAGAAUGUUGGAACUUAUCCCCUGCAAACGUGAGCAUAGUCAUGGAUGCUGCAGUGCAAAGAGCGUCUUUUAGUGUGUACGCCGCCAUUUACAGUGUUGCACUCUCAUUGCACAACAUGUUGGGAUGCAACUCGACUAACUGUAAUUGGGAUGCCGAGACCAGAAUUCUACCUUGGAAGUUGUUACGAAUGUUACAGAACACAUCUUUUAAUAUUAAUGGCAAACAUUUAGUGUUUGACAGUAGCGGAAACCCUAAUAUGGGUUACGAUGUGAUCGAGUGGAUCUGGACCGAGUCACAUUUAGAAUUUCGAGUUGUUGGAAGCUUUAAUAAAGAGCUGUCUAUCAACAAGUCUCUCUUCAAAUGGCACACUGAAAACUUACAGGUACCUGAAUCCACCUGCUCAGCGGCAUGUGGGAUGGGCCAGGUCCGCAGAGUCAAAGGCUUUCAUUCGUGCUGUUUUGAUUGCAUUGACUGUGAGCCGGGCACGUAUCAGGCCAAUAAAGAGGACAUCCAGUGUACUCCAUGCCCUGAAGGCCAGUGGUCUCAGAUUCUCAGCACGAACUGCUCUGAACCUACCUUUGAUGUUUUGUCCUGGGACAAACCCGCCGCACUUCAUCUGGGAUUGGGCGGGGCACUGCUGCUGCUAUGUCAGGUCGCUGUAGGUGUCGUGAUGCUCCGGCACUGGCGGACCCCCAUGGUGGCAGCCUCUGGUGGGCCCUUGAGUUUUUUGGUGCUGUUCAGCUUGAUUGGAGCCUGCCUCAGCAUGGAGCUCUUCCUGAGGCAGCCAGGAGACACGGUGUGUCGCCUUCAGCUGCCCCUCAUCUCCAUUUUCCAAACCAUUGCUCUCUCUGUUAUCACAGCCAUUUCCCUGCAGAUAUUCGUCAUAACAGAAUUCCACGACAAGGCCACCUCUCAUCUACAGACACUUCGAGGUCCCGCUUGCUGGCUGUUUUUGCUCAUCUGCUGCGCUGUGCAGGCCGGUUUGGGCAGCUGGUUUAUCCAAGAAGGGCCCUCGUUGACAGACCAUGUGGCCCAUAUGGAAAUAAAUUUCCUCAGGGCCUUCUUGUCAUGUCCGAUGAUACCGAUGGUUGGACUGGCCUUGAUGCAAGGCCUCAAUGUUUUAAUGGCCCUUCUGUCAUUUAUGUGCACCUUCAUGGCAACAAAACCUCCGCAUCAAUACUACCUUGCCCGCGACAUCACCUUUUCCACUCUCAUUUAUUGCAUAACUUGGGUGACCUUUAUUCCAAUCUAUACGGGUCUGGAUGAAAGGAAAAGGUAUACUAUUUUGAUUGGCGUCAAUCUGUUUGGCAACUUCGGACUAGUGGCAGGUUACUACUUCCCAAAAUGUCACCUACUAUUGAGGAAACCUGAGCUCAACACCAUGGAGUACUUUUGCACUUUUUUGGAGGGUACGAUGCCAGCUAAUGAGGACCCACAACCUCAGCAUAACUGACCAAUAAAUAACAAGGCUGUAUUCCACGUGGGUUGUAAAAUGCAUUUUAUGUGGUCAAUUGUAUUUUGGCAAAUUAUUACUAAUUACUAAUGUUGCUAUAGUAUAUCUACAUUUGUCAAUGGUCAUUCUUGCACAUAUGUAAAAUGCAUCAAUGGUGCGAUCUUACAAAUAUAUCUUAUUUACAGAAAAUGGACCAAAACAAUCAGAUUCAUGUUAGAAAGUUCUUGGUUGUUUUUUUGUUUUUUUUACACAUCUCAUAACUCAAAAAACAUGUACGGACCAUACUACUUUAUCAUUUUCCACCUCUACAGCUUUUGUCACCUUCACAAUCAGGUAUGCUAGGUGGAUUUGGCACAAAUAAAACUUCAUUUGGUGUCGUUGUG